AUGGUCGUAUCAACAAGGCGUGCCUCUGCAAAGCCUCGCUCACAGUGCUGCGUCAAUCACCUGCUGCUCACCAUUGCCACCUUGGGCUCGCUGGUCCCUGCGGCUCACUUGAGACGGCUUUCGAGCGCAACGGAACCCUGGCAGGCCGACUUCUUCCGGUACACGAAACGCAGCAUCCCAGCAAAACGAGGCCCUCCCGAAGACUGGCAAGGCAAGAUACCUCUCGUGGUAACAAACAAAUGCGAGACCACCAUCUGGCCCGGACUUGCUACCCAGUCUGGUACCGGUCCAGGCACGGGAGGGUUUGAAUUGCAACCUGGCAAAAACAGGACGCUAUGGGUUGCGCCCAACUGGCAGGGUCGAGUCUGGGGGAGGACAAACUGCACGGUCAAUGGUGAUUCCUGUGCCUGCAAGACGGGAGACUGUUUUGCCAAGUUGGACUGCGAAUUUAGCGGAGCAACCCCGGCCACGCUCGCUGAAUUCAACCUGGCUGGCGGCACCACGGGCAUGCAGACAUUCUACGACAUCUCCCUGGUAGACGGCUACAAUAUCCCAAUGGGCAUCAAUUACCUCCCGGCCAAGAACACGACGUAUAUCCCACCCAACCUGACAAACUGUGCGUGCAUUGCGACGACCGGGUGGCUUUACAGCAAUGCCAAGACGGGCACUUUCUACGCAAACUCGUCUUAUCCCGUCCCUUUGGAGCCGCAGGAAACCAACGACAGCAUCGAAAACUGGUGUCCGUGGCCCAACCUCGCCUUCCCGCCCACGAAGCCUGGAGACGGCGUGUACCCGUAUCCUGAUGACAAGAUCCGCAGACCGGCAUUCUCCCCCUGCAACAGCGCUUGUGCGGCAACCGGCUCAGACCAAGACUGCUGCAUCGGCAAGUACCACGACGCCAAGAUAUGCAAGCCCUCGAGUUACAGCAGAGCGGUAAAGGCGGUUUGCCCUGAUGCGUACAGCUUCGCCUUUGACGACCAACGGUCAACCUUUAUCGUUCCCAAAGGUGGCGGGUGGGAAGUGGUCAUGUGCCCGUCGGGCCGCUCGACUAACAUCUUGCGGCAGUUGGGUCAGGAGCUUUCCCAGCUGGCCAGUGGUGGCAGGCUGUCAGCAAGGACUAUGAACCUGCUCCGGAAUGUCACCUAUAUCGAAGCUGACAAAGGGGCGGCCGGCACAGCGAGACCUUGCCACGGACGGAUGCUUUCUCUGCUGGUGUCGCUGAUUAGUUUGCUGGUCAUGCUGUGA